AUGUUAAUUCGUGAAGGCAAUGUAAAUGGUGAACGCCUAAUACAGCUAUCUUCAAGUAAAGAAGUGGCCACCUGGUUAAGAACAGCGCUCGGCUUUGAUUCAUGUAAUCCGAAUAAUACAUACUAUGAUUAUUAUGCUCAACAAUUUGGGUAUGCAAAAUUUGCCGACACUCCACACUGCAAAUGGAUAAGAUUCGUCUUUGGUGAUGCCGACGAAGACUGA